CGCAGAAUGACCGCUUAUAUCCGGAACAUAGAUUCGCCAGCUAUGUGUUUCCAACGAAAUCUGUAGAACGUACAGUUUAUUUCCUGUUUUGUAAAAAACGGCCCAUCCUAGGAAAUGCGUUUGAGAAGUUGCACUAUAGGGUGAAUAUUUAAUUUGCGCUAUAAGGUAUAAUUUCGAGUGGAACCAUGGAUCCUGAGAUUUUACAAAACAACUCUGCUCAACCAGCGAGGAGGUCGACAAGACAAUCGAUGAAAGCAGUUACUUUAGAGUUGACACCCAGAGGUCCGCUGAAGAGGAAGAGGGAAGAGAACAAGAUCCCGUCCACACCUGUCAAUGGCUCCAUGGAGGACGAUGAGUCCCCUGGCAAGAAGACUAAGUCAGAGAUUGGAGUGGCAGGGGAUGGCAGUUGUGAUGAGGAUAAGAUGGAUGUCCAGGAGACCACUGGGGAUGAAGAUCUGGACUCUGAGCAGAACGAGGACCAGGAGAUGAGUGCAGAGGAAGACUCCUCCCAUCACAAUGUCACACAGCAUAAACGUCCCUUUGAUAAAACUUUGAUGGGGAAAAUGAAUGUGAACGUACCGAAGACGGUCGGUGUUGGCUCCCAAGAGAUUGUAGAUCCCAGGUUGUACCUACUGAGUCGCAGUUCCAUUCACACAACCGAGGAGCUGAAAACAGAUCUAUUCAAAACCAAGAGAAUGGAAACGUCAAGAAGAGCUGCAUCUGGUACCAAGCCUGCAACCCAACUCAGACCCCUGGAGAACCGACCAGAGGUUCUGACUUACAAGACUAGCAGCAUGGCGGAGUACAGGGAGAAGAUGCAGAGGAAAGACAAAAUAACUGGAUUGCCCAGUGCUAACCAUCAUAGCAUGAGAAGUUACCCUACCUCUGAAGAGUCCUUCACAUCGAGCUGUCGGGUGAACAAUAUUCCUACUCGAAAACAAACUACCAAACUCAGAAAACAAGAUAUUAAGAAAUCAGCUGUUAUCAAGGCAAUUCCUGGGAAAGCUUUUGGGGGGUGCAUGUGGAAACUGUGUCAGGCUCUGGUGCUGCUUGUCUCUGGUGUUCUGGGCCUCCUGGCCUACCAGCACCUCCCACUGCCCCGCAGGCCUUCAGGGGGUGGAGACCAUCCAGCCUGGCCUGUGAGAGAGGGGAAGUUUGUUUCUCAGUUAUCUGCUCUGGAGGCCCUGUUCCCCGGGCAGCGCUCUGAGCUGUGGAGGAGGAGCAGGAUCCACCUGGAGAGGCACCUCCAGACGGCCCGGCCCACGGAGCCAGUCAGCCUGAUGCUGACAGCAGGCCGCAGGGGGGAGAAGACGCUGCACUGCCUUGCCCUGCGUCUGGCCUCCGCCUUCUCCUCUGCCCUCAACGCCUCCUCCGUCCACAUCGACGGGGCCAGCAAGACUGGCCAGGACAGCGACCAGGUCAAGCUGGACAUCGACACCCAGCUGGGGAGAGCCUUCGAGGGGGAUCAGCCUGUAGCCGUCAUCCACCGCUUUGAGGAGCUACCCCCGGGUUCCACGAUCAUAUUCUACCGCUACUGUGACCACGAGAAUGCAGCCUACAAAGAGGUGUUCCUGCUCUUCACUGUGCUGCUGCCUGAGGAGGAUUUGGGGAAGGAGCUCAGUCUGAAUGAGGUGGAGGAGAGGGUCCAGGAUUAUAUUACGGACACCUUUGUGGAAAGUAACAGCUCAGACAAGCCUGGCUCCUUUAAUCGGAUGGACCGGGACAAGCUGAGUGGACUAUGGAGCCGUAUCUCCCACCUGGUCCUGCCGGUGGCAGUAGAGGAGAGCAUAGAGCAGGGAGGAUGCAUGGACUGAACUGGCAGCUACAGGAGAUGUCUGGCUAGGUAGGAGCAGGCUCGCUGGGCUCCUCUCUGUCUUUAUGGAGCUCUGGAGUAGCUGUGGCUCUGUAGCUGAGGGGUGAUGGUGUGAAGACACACCGAGGUGCUCUGUGUCUCUCUGGGUUUUUUGGACUUCACAGGUGAACUCUAGGACCUAGAGGUGAUAUCUUCCAGAGGUCAUAUGCUCUUAAUAGAGAUUUCUAUGCUGACAGAUCCAAACCAACAUUUAAUAUUCAGCCCAACUGCACUGUUUAGUUUUAACUGAGCUGUCCUCUCUUUCUGGUCCUCUGUCCUAUUUCUGAUCAUUUCACAACUGCCAGCUGCUGAAAUCAGGAAGUCAUCACAGAGUGAAGGUCUGGGUUGAGGACAACAGUUUGUUGUGGCUUGUUUUUAUUUCAGACCCAAAGUUUGCUUUAUAGAGAUGUACAGCAUUGAUUUUAUAUGACAUCUAUUGUUUCACGUUUUUCUUGUUUUGUCUUUUCUACUGUACUGAAAAUGAAAUCGUUACCUUGUUUUUAAUUGAAAAAAGAAAGUCCUUUUGCUAUUCAAUUUAGUGUUUGUUGCUGCAUGAAAUUGAAUCUGAGUUUAAAUUCCAGGAUUUCACCAGUGAUCCAUGCGUUGGUAAAGUGACUGAAAACGGAGUUCCUUUUCUGCUGUUAAACGCUUAUGUAUACAUAUUUUAAAAAUAUAAUUUCAAUACCUCCAUUCCCUGCAUAUUUAGCUGAAAUGUCUUGCACUAAUUCUCUGGCUUUACAUUUUCAACCUACCAGCUCACCUCGACGAUUGGCAGACAUGGAGACGGAAAUAAUCGUAAUUUGGGAUGCUGCAUUUGGUUUGUCUCUAUCUCGCUCUCUCUCUCUGUGUGUGUGUGUGUGUGUGUGUGUGUGUGUGUGUGUGUGUGUGUGUGUGUGUGUGUGUGUGUGUGUGUGUGUGUGUGUGUGUGUGUGUGUGUGUGUGUGUGUGUGUGUGUGUUAUAGUGUAGUAUUUGCUUAAUGAAAAAUAUUAUUAAAUGACUAUAUUGGAAAUAUUUUGAAAUAAUUGUUCAGUGGUAGUUCUAUUUUUAUAAGACAAGUUGGGUGGGGGGGGUAAAGAGAAGAGAUGUUGAAUAUGAUAUUUUCACACUGAAAUUCCAAGAAUUAUGGAAGAAGAGAGAUCGCUGUAAUUUAUCAAAUUCUUACUGCUAUGAUGCUUUUUUUUGUUGCUUUUUUUUCUCAAAAUGCUUGAGUGUCUUAAUGAAGUAAACAAUUCUAGAUUAUUGCAGAAUGUGUUGGCAUAAUUUAGCAGUAUAAUCUGAACUGAUUGAAACAGUCAAUCAAAAAUGUAUAUUACAUAACUGGUAUUGCCAGUCAGACAUUGUGCCUUUUUAUAGAAUAUUUUAAUUGGUGUUGCACCAAAUUACUCAGUGAUGAAGAUGAAUAUUGAACCAAGUAAUUCAACAACCUGUCCCAGCACCAACUAUUUUCUUUCCACUGAGAAAUAUUUCUUAGUUUAUGCUCUGUUGUUGUAACUAAGAUAUUUUGUAUUGCUUUCACCUGAAUAAGUAUGUUCUCUUUGAUUGUUUUGGUUUUCCUAUAAUAAUAAAAUAGUUUAAUAGUU